GCGAGGCCGGCGCUCACACCCUCCAGAAGAUGUACGGCUGCGACGUGGGGCCCGACGGGCGCCUCCUGCGCGGGUACCGGCAGUCGGCCUACGACGGCGCCGACUACCUCGCGCUCAACGACGACCUGCGCUCCUGGACCGCGGCCGACAUGGCGGCUCAGGUCACCAAGCGCAAGUGGGAGCGGGAAAAUGUGGCUGAAUAUAACAGGAACUACCUGGAGGGCAGGUGCGUGGAGUGGCUGCUCAAAUACCUGCAGAUGGGGAAUGAGACGCUGCUGCGCGCAGAACCCCCCAAAAGACACAUAACCCAUCACUCCUUCUCUGACCAUGAGGUCACCCUGAGGUGUUGGGCUCUGGACUUUUACCCUGCGGAGAUUUCCCUGACCUGGCACCUUGAUGGGGAGGAAUUGACUCAGGACACAGAGCUGGUGGAGACCAGGCCUUCUGGGGACGGAACCUUCCAGAAGUGGGCGGCUGUGGUGGUGCCUUCUGGAGAGGAGCAGAGAUACACAUGCCAUGUGCAGCACCAGGGGCUGCCAGAGCCUGACAUCCUGAGAUGGGAACCCCUUCCUCAGUCUAUAUUCUCCAAAGGCACCAUUAUUGGCCUGGUUGUCUUUAAGGCUGUGGCAGCUGUGACACUAGUGGGAGUUAUGAUAUGCAAGAGGAAGCACUCAGGUAGGAUGAAGAGUAGCUCUGACUUAUUUUGUUCCACUUUGAGCUUCUCAUCCCCACACAGAAUUUCUCCUCCCUUAUUAAUGGAAAGCUUCACCUAUCACUCUGUGCUGGUUCCUCACACUUGUUCUGUGUGCAGCUCUCAGGUCUAUGAAAUGAAAGACUUUUACUUUGAUAAGCUGGUGAUAAACCUAAUUCUUAGUGGACACAGGGCACAGGGCAUCUCCUUGCUGGGAAUAGACCUCCAGAAAGAGACUGGUGCAGUCCAGGAGCAUCUCAUUUCUCCAUGUUUCCUGAUUCUGCUCUCUGGCUUCAGAGUUCUAGAGCUUCCCUGGGAUCCUGGACUGCAGGAUUUCCUGUGA